AUAAUUUUCUGGGGGCAGAGGCGGGGAGCUCGGAUCAUGGCCUUGGGGCUCCCGGGGCUGCCGCCGCCGAUCUGCAGCUCGCCUCCGGGGUCCGGCGGCGACGAUGGGGCUGAAGGCACGGCGCGGAGCAGCGGGUGGUAGCGCAGCCGGAGGGGCGGCGGCAGCAGCGGGAGGGCGGCGAGCGGCGGCGGGAGGCGGUGGCGACCCCGAGCAGGGCUCGCUGGCCCUGGGCACCGGCGCCGACCGCGACGGAACUCUGCUGCUGGAGGGCGGCGGGAAGGAGGAGGGCGGCAAGCGGAGCCCGCCCGGGCUGGGGCUGCUGGCGAAGACCCCCCUGAGCCGCCCGGUGAAGCGGAACCAUGCCAAGUACCGCCGCAUCCAAACUUUGAUCUACGACGCCCUGGAGCGACCCCGCGGCUGGGCGCUGCUCUAUCACGCCUUCGUGUUUCUGAUUGUCCUGGGGUGUUUGAUCUUGGCUGUCCUGACAACUUUCAAGGAGUAUGAAACUGUUUCAGGAGACUGGCUCCUCUUGCUGGAAACUUUUGCCAUUUUCAUCUUUGGAGCAGAGUUUGCCUUAAGAAUCUGGGCUGCUGGGUGUUGCUGUCGAUACAAAGGAUGGAGGGGGAGACUCAAAUUUGCCAGGAAGCCUUUGUGCAUGCUGGAUAUCUUUGUGCUGAUUGCUUCAGUGCCAGUGGUUGCUGUUGGGAACCAGGGCAAUGUUCUGGCCACAUCUCUCAGAAGCCUCCGCUUCCUUCAGAUCCUACGGAUGCUCCGAAUGGACAGGCGAGGUGGCACAUGGAAACUCUUGGGAUCAGCCAUUUGUGCACACAGCAAAGAACUCAUCACUGCUUGGUACAUUGGGUUCCUGACACUCAUCCUGUCCUCAUUUCUUGUUUAUCUGGUUGAAAAAGAUGUUCCUGAAAAGGAUGCUAAUGGAGUGGAGAUGAAGGAAGAGUUUGAAACCUAUGCAGAUGCCCUUUGGUGGGGACUGAUCACCCUUGCUACGAUUGGAUAUGGUGACAAGACCCCUAAAACAUGGGAAGGACGUCUGAUUGCAGCUACGUUCUCUCUCAUUGGAGUGUCUUUUUUUGCCCUUCCUGCAGGUAUUUUGGGCUCAGGACUGGCACUGAAGGUCCAGGAGCAACAUCGUCAAAAGCAUUUUGAGAAAAGAAGAAAGCCAGCAGCUGAACUCAUUCAGGCUGCCUGGAGAUACUAUGCUACAAACCCCAACAGGAUUGAUCUAGUUGCUACCUGGAGGUUUUACGAAUCCAUAGUAUCGUUCCCAUUUUUCAGGAAAGAGCAAUUGGAUGGUAAUGCCAGUAAUGUCAUGUUUAGUAGGGAGUCAUUCUUUGGAUCGAGCCUCACAAGAAAACUUAGCCAAAAGCUGGGUCUCUUGGAUCGGGUUCGUGGUACCAAUACUAAAGGAAAGCUAUUUACCCCUCUGAAUGUAGAUGCCAUUGAAGAAAGUCCUUCAAAAGAGCCUAAGAAUGUUGUCUUGAAUAAUAAGGAGCGUUUUCGCACUGCAUUCCGAAUGAAAGCGUACGCUUUUUGGCAAAGCUCAGAAGAUGCAGGAGCAGGGGAGCCCAUGGCAGAAGAGAGAGGCGAGAGUAACGACUUCCUUAUGGAAGAUAUGAUUCCAACAUUCAAGACAGCCAUCCGAGCUGUCAGAAUUCUACAGUUUCGUCUCUACAAAAAGAAAUUCAAGGAGACUUUGAGGCCUUAUGAUGUAAAGGAUGUGAUAGAGCAAUACUCAGCAGGGCAUCUUGAUAUGCUUUCCAGAAUAAAGUAUCUUCAGGCAAGAGUAGAUAUGAUUUUUACACCUGGACCUCCAUCUACUCCCAAGCAUAAGAAAUCCCAAAAGGGAGGAGCUUUUUCUUACCCUUCACAACAGUCUCCCAGGAAUGAUCCAUAUGUAGCCAAAGCAUCCACAGCAGACACUGAAGACCAAAGUAUGAUGGGCAAAUUUGUUAAAGUUGAACGACAGGUUAAUGACAUGGGAAAGAAACUGGAUUUUCUUGUUGAUAUGCAUAUGCAUCAUAUGGAACAACUACAAAUACAAGUUGCUGAGAUAAGUCCACUGAAAGAAACUGCUUCUCCUGCAAAGGAGAAGAGAGAAGAUAACAAAUAUUCUGAAUUAAAAACAAUAAUAUAUAAAUACACCGAGCAGAGUGCUCAUGAAACUCCUUAUAACUUCCAGCAGGUUCCAGUCAACAAAGUUAGUCCUUAUGGUUUUUCAGCACAUGGUCAUAUGACUCAUUCACAACCUUUAUCACUAGGUGGGCAAAGCUCUGGCAAAAUGCAAGCCACACCUUCCUCAGCUUCAUAUGCAGAAAGGCCAACAGUUUUGCCUAUAUUUACGUUAAUGGACUCCCAGGUUAGCUACCACUCUCAAGGAGACCUACAAAGCCCUUACUCAGAUAAGGUGUCUCCGAGGCAGAGAAGGAGCUUCACAAGAGACAGCGAUACUCCAUUGUCCCUUCUCUCUGUCAACCACGAGGAACUCGAGCGCUCCCCAAGUGGCUUCAGUAUCUCCCAAGACAGAGACGACUUCCCGUUUGGCCUCAAUGGAGGAUCAGCGUGGAUGAGAGAGAAGCGCUACCUGGCAGAGGGGGAAACAGACACAGACACCGACCCCUUCACACCAAGUGGCUCCAUGCCUUUGUCUUCUACAGGAGAUGGGAUUUCAGAUUCAGUAUGGACCCCUUCAAAUAAGCCAGUUUAAAAAUGUUUGUGGGGGCGAUCACCGUUUGACUUCUCAAUGUAAUGUAAGCAUAUUUUGUAUAUCUCACUUACUCUACACCCAAAGCUUACUAGUUCAAAACACCAAUGGCUGCAUAAGAUGCAUGUGAUAUUAGUGGUAGUCAUUCUGCACCAUUUCAUACAAUUUACUAAUGCAGUUUUGUUCAUGCUACCAAAACUAAGGAGCUUAGUUUUGAGCAUGGUUUGCAUGACUUUGCCCUAUAUAAAUGGUACAGCUGAUUUCUUCUAUGAUACAUAUCUCUCUGAUACUCUUCAAUACAACGAUGGCAAAUUGAUAACAGGCAAGAUGUGGUGGUCCUUGCUACAUUUUGUAAACAGAGCAGCAAAGUGAAAACAUUUUUAGGUGCAAUAUUCCUGUUUGGAAACAUCAUAUCUGAGUCCAUUUUCCAGUAUAAGUAAGUCAAUCUUUAACCAACCCCGCCAAGAACAUCUAAUAUUCAAAGCAGGGAAAAAGCUGAGCCAAAGCAAAGACAUUUCUGAAACAGUUUUGUGAAUUAAAUCUUUCUCAUGUGACCUUUUAUGCAGCUCCCCAUGAAAUGCAGUGUCAAAAUGAAACCAAGGACAGUGUUUAAAAUCCUCCUGGGACUGAUCAGAGGUAUUUAUUUGUUAUAAAAUGUAAAUAUAAAUUCCUUGAACUACUUUGCAAAUCUUCAUUAGCGUUCAUGCCAUCACUCAAAACUUGGCUGUAGUGCUGGUUUGUAGGAAAUCUUUUGCUAAUCCCAUUUGCUACCUAUGGAGCCCAUUUUUCUUUCUGUUUGAAAAAUGAAGUUGUUGAGUUUAGGGAUCUCCAGGUUUUACGCUCUUUUGUCAUCAUUGCUUUUUCCUGCUAAGCAGGGUGCAUAAUGUAACUGUGUCUCAUCUUCUCAGUGUGUUAACUGGGAGUUAAACUUCCCUGCAUAAACACAGCUUGUAAGGCUCAGUUCACUCUUUGCCACACACUGAGCUUCUCAGAUGUGCAGAAGUCUAUUCCCUGGAACUUCCACAAGGUGGGGUGCUCCAAGGACCUGUUUCUCUCUAGUGUUUCUCUUGGAAGUGGACUUCUGCAGAUCCUUUAAUGCGUGCCACUUUCCCUGGAGCAGCAGAGGGAUAAGUAUGCUAAACAAUCAUUGGCCUAAUAUUUUUUUUUCGUGGGAAUUGGAAAUUCUGUUGAGAGAGAGCAGGAAAAUAACCCAUCCCCCUGGGAACAAUGCAGAAAGCUAUCAACGAUCUCACCACUACAGCGGGAAUGUACUAUCUAUAAAGCUAGUGAAACUAGCCUGUCCAAACAGCCUACACCAUUUUCACCUGCUGUCAGUCCAAGUGUCUGUGAAAUAACAUCCAUUUGAUGUCAAGUUUUAUGGCUAUGCACUCUUUAGGGCUUGUUGAAAACUAAUCAGUAUAGUAGGUGAGCACAGGCACGCAUUAGGUUUAGGAUGAGAUUAAUUGCAUAUUUAACUCCUUUAUCUACAAUGACCAAAUUUCUGCCAAUUUCAAAGGGAGCACUGAGUGACUUGUCAGAUGACUAGAGGCACCUACAGCCUGUGGGAAGCCUAUGUAGGCAUUGCCUUCAUUGUUUAUUCUCUAUUUAAGAAGCAUCUAAAGGAUUAGGAUCGUUUUACUUCAUCUGUUUGCAUCUUUAGUUAAAUCAUCCUUCUGGGACAGAUCUACUGAGAGAACAAAUUGCUCUGGUUGCUUGAGUGAAUAAUGAGGACCACUUACGACCUUUGAAGGCUGGGCUGAGUCCAUGGGGCUACUCUGAGGCCAGCAACUAUGAGGACAUGAGGCACAAUUUUGGUAAUUACAUAAUUGAAGAAAAUAGCUGUUGACCUGAAAGAUUAUCUGUGCUUGGUGCAGUUUUAUGGCUAAACUGAAAGAGAAUAAAGCCAACUGACAAAGUUAUAAUUCAUUACAAUGCGGCACACUGAGAACUCUUUGGCCAUCACUGAUUCUUGGAAAUACCCAAAUUGAAGCUGUUGCAGGCUUUCAGGUAUUGUAAUGUCUGUGGCAUCUUGUAAGAUCUAACCCUCACAGCAAAAAUCAGUGAAAAAGAAUGACAACUGAUUUUAACAUUGCUAGACUUCUGAAAUUGGUGUAAGUAUAUGCUUGACAAGCCUGUUUCAUUUUUCUUGUAUGUCAAGUGCCUGGCAUUCCUGCUGAUUUCAUCUGAGUUGGGCCCUUCUUAAAAUGCUUUCUAGAUCUGAGCACUCAAAAGUCAAGGCAGCCAAACACCAAGCAAAAGCUGAGAAAUGUGUCUGUGAAUGUCUUUGGCAGUGACUGUGCUCUUCAGUUCCCUGCUCUCCCUCUCAGAUACUUCGGUUUGGGUUUCUGAUCUCUGCCAUUCCAGGUCAUAUAAAGGAAAUAUUUUCUCAGUGUUAAACCUGUCUGAAAAUCCAUAAAUCCCUUCAUUAUAAAGGUAUGUUCUUUCCAAGAGAAAAUCCAAGCAAGGCCAUAGACUUGAAUGAGUAUUCACCUACCCAGAGUGUGCAGCACCAGAGAAAUAGGCAUUAGGGCUGCCUUGCACUUAGCAGCUGAACUGCCUUUGGGUUGACAGUUUCUACAGACCAUAAGCGAUAAUUUACUCCCUGCAGCUACCAGGUCAGGUAUUUGCAACCACAUCAUGAAAUACUCAAUGUCAGGCUGACUGGCCAAAUAAGGUCUGUCUCUUCUGACCCUCUGCAGUAGACCUCUCUGGAUCCUCUGGAAGUGGCCCAAGAAGAGGGCCAAGGAAGGUCUGGUUAGCUCAUUUUAGUUUAUUAUUUUUUCUGUUCAGAAGGCCCUCUGCCUUCUACACCAUAUUGAUUACACACAGGUUGCACAGCAGUUCUGCUGUCUGUGCUGAAAACAAGUAUGGGUCUUGAUGUCACCAGCAAGGUGCAAUCUGGAGAUGAUCCCUGAUAUGGAAUGUGCACAAAAGCUCUAUCAGACUCCAGCUGAGGCUCAGUUUAGAGAAUGAAUGAACCUUGAACUGCGAUUUGUAUGCCUGCCAUAGAUACUGGCCAAAAUAAAAGUGUCUGAUAUUAUUGACCAUAGCAACAUUAAAGAGGUCAGGAGUUGUUUUGUGGCACAGGUUCACCACAUGCAGUGAAUCAUACUGAACCCAUGAAUUCAUCAUUUCAUAUGAGAGAGGCAUUGUAGUCUUCACACUAGGAUAGAGUGAAAUUUAUCUCUUCUUCCAUGUGUCUUUAAGUGCUUGGUUUAACAACUACCAAAUUUGUUUGGGUCUGAUCUUUGUAGUGAUACUGACUGAUACUGACAUUUCAUUUAUUUAUAGUUAUCAAUAAAGAGAAUUAACUAUUGGAAUCCACUUUUUUCUUGAGCAUUAGCUCCUAUGAGUGGCCAAGAAUUUAUUUCAGCCCCUGAAAUGUUUUUCAUAGUCAUAGUGUGGGGUUUCACUCUGCUCUCCUUGAAGUCAGUAAGAAAACUCACUCUGACAUAUUUGGAGCAGAACCAGGCUUUACUCUGCCUUUAUUUAUGAAUUUUCUUGUGAAAGACAGAGUUGAUCUGGAGAUGUUUUUUCUUAGCUACAUUUUUGCACUGAAUUUUCAGUCACUAACAAGUGAUGCACAUCUGGAAGUGUUGAAAAGGUGAAUCUGUGUUUAUUUUGUGUGCCUGUCUUUGCAGAGUUACUGCCAGUCAAGUUUCCUCACUUUAGAUUCAGUCAGAGUAUGUCAUUAAUGUGAAUGUUUAGCUGAAGUACAUGCAUACAGAAAAUGUGGUUUAUGCUCCACUGAAGGAGUUAGUCCUUGGAAAAAAACUUCUAGUCAGAUAAUGGCUAUAGUCCUUGCCUUGGCUUUUCCCUGCACUGAAUUGAUGUCUGGCUCCUACCAAAAUGAAAGGGAAUUCAGCAUGUGGAGAGAUGGACUGAAAAGUCUCCAAACUGAGUUUUGCUGUACUUGCUCUGUUUAUAAUUUUGCUGCAUUGUUACGGUUCAGAGUGGAAAUAGUUUCACAUUUUUCUGCUUCAAAUUGUGGCCCAGCAGUGCUGCAAAUUAAUUCCCAUCUGAACUCGUGCAUAGCAGGGCUGCUGACUUGUGGCCUUCAGACAAGCACCGUGGUCCAAUCAAUUUACAAGAUCACAGCCUAAAGUAAUCAGAAAAUGCAGAUUAAGGAGGCAAGUCAGCCCUGCUGGGAGCCCAGUUGUUGCAGGGUUGUCACAUCUGCUUAUGUGAGAACUGAAUUUGUCCUGCUUAGAGCAGAGCAUACAAGAAGGAGCUUUAUCUUGACUCCUUGCACUCCAUAAACCCCCUCCCAAAAACUAAGCUUUUGGUGUUUAAGAGCUGAAAACCUAAAUUUUCUACAGCACAUCACAAAUUUGCUGUGAUAUCAGUUUUCAUGAGCUCAGCUGACUCUGGGUGUUCACUUUUGAAGACCGUUACGAGAGGUGCAAAGAAAAAGGGGCAUUUUCAAGUGAUUUUACCUGGCAUUGUGGGAGUGAAGAUCCUGGGUAUCACUACUGCUUCUGAUAAUUUAGGCUGUAAGAUCUCAUCCUUCCCAAUUCAGCUUUUAGUAGCUUGCCUCUGAAGUCAAGUGAAGCAGAAUAUUGGAAGUGGGAUUUUGUUUUCAUCCUCAAGAAUAUGCUGAGACUGAAGGUUACAUAGCCAACUGCAUUUUGUUGUCUAGUUAUGGCAUCUUAUUAUUACUAGUAUUUGUGCCUUGCUCACUGAAAUUUCUCCAUGCUACAAAGAUGCUUUUCAGAUUCUGGCUGACAAGGGAACACAACUUUUAUACAAGUGGCCUUUAGUGCUCUUUAUAAUAUUAUUUAUUGUAAUUUUUAAACUGUAUGUGUAAUUUAUAUUCUGGCACUCUCCAAUAUUUGAACAACUUUAAUAUGUUUAUUUCAAUAUAUUAUGCAAACAAUACUUCUUAACUGAUUUUUUUAUGUUCUGUCUUUAAAAACUGCACCACUUAUUAAUAAAUAGAAAUUUCAAUUAUGA